CAGCAGUCUAGUCCGUCUAUAUAGUCACGAAAUAUUUCAAAUUUUCCAAACUAGAAGCUAUAACAGCAAUAUUCCAAUUUUAUUGUAUUUCGACGUUCAAAUAUGUACCGCGUCGUGAAUGCUCUUAUAUAUCCAAACUCUAUUCAUAUUCAUUUCGCUUAUUCAAACGGUUUUGCAUGGGGCGGGGGGCGUCCAUACGUGUAUGUGUAAUUCGAUUUCAAAAGGUGCACGCGCUGCACUUUUUUCAGUACAAUUAAUGUGAACGGAGUUAUCAACAAAAUAAAUAAAUGGAUAACGAAGAGGUGUCUUCAGAAUCCGACAGUUUCGAGGAAAGUGUAUCCGACGAGUUGUUUCACGAUUCGAUAGAAGCUAAAAAGGAUAACCGUCAAUUUUCUCAAAAUGGUGACGAUGAGAAGUACAAAAGCAAAUCACGUUCCCGAACCGAUCUCGUUCUCGACCUUCGAAACGUACCAUCUGUCGCUAAUGCCGCCAAAUCUGAUGACGAAAUUUCUGAAAAACUUUCGGCCGUUAUCGAACAGCCGGAAGAGCACGUUAAACUCGAGGUUUUAAACAAUGAGGAAGCCGAAAGCCUCACGACGAAGGACGAUCUGGAUGAAAUUCUACGUGAUCGUAUAAAUAGCCUUGCCAACCUCAUCGUCGAUCUGAGAGAACAAAUAAAACUUGCUUUGUCGUUGUGGCGAAAAGAACGCGACGAGUUUCAGUUACUCCGCGAAAAAAGGAAUAUUCUUGCUGUCGAAGAAGCCACGGCAGCAGCGAGAGCUGCGGCCGAAGCUUAUGCAGCAGAGUCGCCACUUUCGAAUGAAAUUGGAAACGUAGUGAACCUGAAUCCCGUCCAGUCACUGAGCGAGUUGGCAAUUCUCGAGUAUGAAAAAAAAUUGGCAAAAUAUCAGGAUGCGCUUGCAUUAGCACAAGCUGAAAAACGAUACAACAUGCGUAGAAAAAUGAUCGCGAAUACGUACCGUCAAAGGCUAGAUGAAGUUGAACGUAUGUGCGAUGAGGAACUGGAAAAAAUUCGAGAAAGUGCGAAUAUUUUGCAGCCCCUGAGACAGAUCGCAUCUCAGUGGGUCGCACCAAAAAGUGAAGAUCACAAAGACGCGAUGAAAAUCGAAUGGGAUUCUGGGACAUUGAAAUCAGACAAGCAGACCGUUCGAAUAACGGACAAAUACAACUCGAUUAAAAGUGCUGGCUUCGUUGACGAUGAGGUUAACAUGAUACCGGAAUUAGUUGCUGCACGUUUUUCCUGCACAGAAGCCUCGAAGUACGAGAGACAUGAUACACUCAAAAACACGAAAACCUCACAGGGGCAUCGUCUGGUUGAGAGCAAUUCUUUGCCUUGUACGUGGUACGCUUCCGCCUCUAAUUCAUCAUGAGGCUGUUUUGAAAAACAUUGCGUCGAUUGCUGCGUUUAUAGUCUGUAUCAUUUUUUUGCUGGCCUACGUACCCAAUAAAUUUGAUCGGAAUUGGAA